CGAGGGCGCGGAGGAAGCCGGGCUCCGCUGGCUGAGGGACUGACUCGGAGAUGGAUCGAAUUUCACCAUUUGCCGAGCUUCGGCUUGCUCGGCUCCAGCUCGGUCCCGCCGCCCCUGCCGCCGUCGCCGCGAGGUUCGGGGGUGGCAAGUUCCAGGCUCCAGCGAGGACAGCGAGCCCCAGGGCGACGGAGGGCGAUCUGUUUCUGCGUGGUGCCUCUGUUUGCUUUUUCCCUUGAUCGUGACAAGCUUUCCAUUUUUUCGCCAGCCUCCUCCCACCCAUGAGAGAGCUAAGUGGGACUCCUGAGGUGGGGCUGCUCUGAUGUCCUCCCGGCCCACCAUGAGGCUCCUCCUGCUCUGUGGCUACGCGCUGCUCCUGAGGGUCUCCCAGUCCGGGGCGGUCAGCUUUCCUGAAGACAGUGAGCCCCUUAACACUGUUGACCACCACUAUUCUAGGCAAUAUCCGGUUUUUAGAGGACGCCCUUCAGGCAAUGACUCGCAGCACAGGCUGGACUUUCAGCUGAUGUUGAAAAUUCGAGACACACUUUACAUUGCUGGCAGAGAUCAAGUUUAUUCAGUAAACUUGAAUGAAAUCCCCAAAACAGAAGUCCUCCCGAGCAAGAGGCUGACUUGGCGGUCAAAACAGCAGGACCGAGAAAACUGUGCUAUGAAAGGCAAACACAAGGACGAAUGCCACAACUUCAUCAAAGUAUUUGUGCCCAGAAAUGAUGAGGUGGUUUUUGUUUGCGGCACCAAUGCAUUCAAUCCGAUGUGCAGAUACUACAGGCUGAAUACCUUAGAGUAUGACGGGGAAGAAAUCAGUGGCCUGGCGAGAUGCCCGUUUGAUCCUCGGCAGACCAACGUUGCCCUCUUUGCUGACGGAAAGCUGUACUCUGCCACGGUGGCUGACUUCUUGUCCAGCGAUCAUGUCAUUUACCGAAGCAUGGGAGACGGAUCUGCCCUUCGCACAAUCAGAUACGAUUCCAAGUGGAUAAAAGAGCCACACUUCCUUCAUGGCAUAGAGUAUGGAAACUACGUCUAUUUCUUCUUCCGAGAAAUCGCCGUAGAACAUAAUAACUUAGGCAAGGCCGUCUACUCCCGCGUGGCCCGCAUAUGUAAAAAUGACAUGGGUGGAUCCCAGCGGGUUCUAGACAAACACUGGACCUCGUUUCUGAAGGCUCGGCUUAACUGUUCUGUCCCUGGAGAGUCGUUCUUCUACUUUGAUGUUCUGCAGUCUAUCACAGACAUCAUACAAAUCAACGGGAUCCCCACUGUGGUCGGGGUGUUUACCACACAGCUCAACAGCAUUCCUGGUUCUGCAGUCUGUGCAUUUAGCAUGGAUGACAUUGAGAAAGUAUUCAAAGGAAGAUUUAAAGAACAGAAAACUCCAGAUUCUGUUUGGACAGCAGUCCCUGAAGACAAAGUACCAAAGCCAAGGCCCGGGUGCUGUGCAAAGCACGGCCUCGCGGAGGCAUACAGAACCUCUGUGGAGUUCCCUGACGAGACCUUGGCCUUCAUCAAGUCCCACCCGCUGAUGGACUCGGCCGUCCCGCUCAUCGCUGAUGAGCCCUGGUUCACCAAGACACGUGUCAGGUACAGGCUAACGGCCAUCGCUGUGGACCACUCCGCGGGGCCCCACCAGAACUACACUGUCGUCUUCGUUGGCUCUGAGGCCGGGGUGGUCCUUAAGGUGUUGGCAAAGACCACGCCCCUCUCUCUGAAUGAUAGCGUGUUACUGGAAGAGAUUGAUGCCCACAACCACGCCAAGUGCAGUGCUGAGAACGAGGAAGACAAAAAGGUCCUCUCCUUACAGCUGGACAAGGACCACCACGCUCUCUACGUGGCUUUCUCGAGCUGUGUCAUCCGCAUCCCCCUCAGCCGCUGUGAGCGGUACGGAUCCUGUAAAAAGUCAUGCAUCGCAUCCCGGGACCCAUACUGCGGCUGGCUGAGCCAGGGGGCCUGCGGGCGUGUGACCCCAGGAAUGCUGCUGCUAACUGAAGACUUCUUUGCUUUCCAUAACCACAGUGCUGGAGGUUACGAACAGGACACCGAAUACGGCCACACGGCCCACCUAGGGGACUGCCAUGAAAUUUUGCCUACUUCAACUACACCAGAUUACAAAAUAUUUGGCGGGCCAACAUCUGACAUGGAGGUAUCUUCAUCUUCUGUGACCACAGUGGCAAGUAUCCCAGAAAUUACACCUAAAGUGAUUGAUACCUGGAGACCUAAACUGACGAGCUCCCGGAAAUUUGUAGUUCAAGAUGACCCAAACACUUCUGACUUUACUGAUCCUUUAUCGGGUAUUCCGAAGGGUGUGCGGUGGGAAGUCCAGUCUGGAGAGUCCAACCAAAUGGUCCACAUGAACGUGCUCAUCACCUGCGUCUUCGCUGCCUUUGUCCUGGGUGCAUUCAUCGCCGGCGUGGCUGUCUACUGCUACCGCGACAUGUUUGUGCGGAAGAACAGGAAGAUCCACAAGGAUGCAGAGUCGGCGCAGUCCUGCACAGACUCCAGCGGAAGCUUUGCCAAACUGAAUGGCCUUUUUGACAGCCCAGUGAAGGAAUACCAACAGAACAUUGAUUCUCCUAAACUCUAUAGCAACCUGCUGACCAGCCGGAAGGAGCUGCCACCGAGCGCAGACACCAAGUCCAUGGUGCUGGACCAUCGCAGCCAGCCCCCUGAGCUGGCCGCCCUCCCCACACCGGAGUCCACACCCGUGCUGCACCAGAAGCCCCUGCAGGCCAUGAAGAGCCACUCGGACAAGGCUCACAGCCACGGGGCUUCCCGGAAGGAAGCCUCCCAGUUCUUCCCCUCUAGUCCUCCUCCACACUCCCCGCUCAGCCACGGCCAUAUCCCCAGCGCCAUUGUCCUCCCGAACGCCACCCAUGACUACAACACGUCCUUCUCCAACUCUAAUGCCCACAAAGCUGAGAAGAAGCUGCAGCAUGUGGAUCACCCCCUCCCCAAGUCAUGCAGCAGAAGAGAUCACCGGCGUUCUGUGGACUCCAGAAACACGCUCAACGACCUCCUGAAGCAUCUCAACGACCCCAGUGGUAACCCCAAAGCCAUCGUGGGGGACAUCCAGAUGGCCCACCAGAGCCUCAUGCUAGAUCCCGUGGGCCCAAUGACUGAGGUCCCCCCUAAGGUCCCCAACCGGGAGGCCUCACUCUACUCUCCCCCAUCAACACUCCCCAGAAACAGUCCGACCAAGCGAGUGGAUGUCCCCACCACUCCAGGGGUCCCUAUGACAUCUCUGGAAAGACAAAGGGGUUAUCACAAAAAUUCCUCCCAGAGGCACUCUAUAUCUGCCAUGCCUAAAAAUUUAAACUCACAGAAUGGUGUUUUGUUGUCAAGACAGCCCAGUAUGAACCGUGGGGGAUACGUGCCCACCCCCACAGGGGCGAAGGUGGACUAUAUUCAGGGGACACCUGUGAGUGUCCACCUCCAGCCCUCCCUCUCCAGACAGAGCAGCUACACCAGUAACGGCACCCUCCCCAGGACGGGACUAAAGCGGACGCCGUCCUUAAAACCCGAUGUACCACCAAAGCCUUCCUUUGCUCCGCAGACGCCAUCUGUCAGACCACUGAACAAGUACACCUACUAGGCCUCCAGGGUGCUGUUCUGUGUGGCUAUAUCCUAUCUGUGUCCUUGCGAGGUACCUUCAGAGGAGACACCUGCUUGUAUUUUAAGAGAACCAACUGGCCAAAGAGACUUCACGCACUUUGGCAGCGUCAGAACUCGCCCCUGCGGCUACCGCGGCCAGGCCUCUGUGUACUUGCCCGAGAACAAAGGAAGGUGCUGGUCAUUCCAUUUCUUUGGUUGGAAGCUCACGUGCUGUGUAGCUCCGAAGGGCUACUUUGCCUGUAGAAAGAGCGGCUUCAGUACUCAGAAGAAUCUGAGCAAAUACUUGAAAAUGGGUUCCAUUCAGACUGCCAUUGCGUGUGGUCUUCCCAUUAAAUGUGAACAUUUUAACUAUGUAUGCAUUCGCCUUGCCUCUUGCACAAAUGUCAAAAAAA